AUGCCGCUUUCAUGGUACUCUGAGCUGUCAUGGGGACCAACGUCAAACGCACAUGAGACUCUGCCAGGUGCCCUCAACCUGUCCACGACCGCGUCCACCACCGCCUACCACUCCCCUGCGGCCUCGUACGGAUGCGCGGAGUCGUACGCGCAGAGCAGCACGACUGGGGCAGGAAACACCUUUGACACGAACCAUUCCAGCAUCCACGGACCCAUGCCCACCGCCUCCACCUUGCCGGGCAGCGAUGGCGGUGCACCAUCGGCGGAGGGUUUCUUGUAUCGGUGGAAGCCAGGUGUGAUGCGGCGUGCCGCACGGUCCAGCAAGCCGCAGCGGCUCUUGACACGACACACGACAGCGACGGUGACGCCGCUGCUGCCCACCUCGGAGGAGCUACUUCGAAGCGAGUUCGCAGACGUGCCGGUGCACCAGGAGUUCUCGCCGUCAGGGAACACGUGUGACUCAUCGCCAGCAUCGGGUCAUGAUCGGUCAGGUAAUCUGCUCUCUGCAGCGCAGGAUGCAGCGGCGGUGACCUCUUCACGAAUGCUGCUGCGUCGCAGUAUCCGACUGGACGGCAGCUAUUACAUUCAGCAAGUGCAGAGGCGGUGCAAGGCGGCAACGCUGCUGCCCCACCCGUGCGAUGCCCACCACACCGUCACACCGGAUUGCGCGGUGUGCUAUGGGAAACCCACCGCCGCGGCAGCAGCAGCAGCAGCGUCGCGGGCGGGUUCGAGACGAAGCCCUUCCUGCUUCCCAGACCCCGAUGACGCUUCGCCACUCCAGCUGCUCAAGCGGCAGUGGCACUGGCCAGGAGGGGGAAAUGGUGGCGGGGGCGGCCGCGUCGUUGUGGAGCCCCACCGUCCCCCCAGCAUCGCUAACUCAGAACCAUUCCCACUUCCUCACAUCGUCAGGGGAGCGAAUGAUGGCAGUACAAGCAGCAGCAGCAGCAGCAGCAGUAAUGGCAGCGGUGGUGAUGACGGUAGUAGCAACGCCACUUUUCAGGCGGUAGCGGAAGAUGAGAACAGUACUCAUCCAAGCCGUGCCGCGGGCAGCGCGGAGGAGCGUGAAAGGGCGGGAGCUGCCGGCGCUGACCGCCGCAGCUCUGGUCAACGACGAGGAUACUUCGCGACCCCACCCCGUACGGAAGAGUCCGCGACCUUUGCCGUCGGACCCCUGCGGCGCGUCCCUGCAGCAGCAGAGGCUGUGCAGGGCAGCAGCUUGAUCUCGCACGUGAAGGUGCCGGUGACGCCCGGGCUGAGCAGCAGCGGCAGUCCCGUUUCCGGUGUCUCCUCGCGCGUGGCCCGCCCUCUCGUCUGCAGUGCUGCGUCGCCGCGGCAUCACUUUGGCGCUGAGACGCAGCUCUCCGCCAACGUCUCGUCCUCCGCCGCCACCGUCAGCGAGGCUGCGCAGUCGCAUCCCCCGUCACAGGGGCAACAGGAGGAGGAAGAAGAGGAAGCGGCGCAACAGCUGGCGUCGCCGCAGCCGCGGGUCGGCGUGGCAGCGUCGAAUGGGUUUAUGAGUGUGUCCACCAUCACCUCGCACAUGCCUCGCAAUGAGAGCCCGCUGGCGGGACGACCCAGCAACGCAGCCAGGACGGUUACACCGCGCUCGCUCUUUGUCACCUCCACCGCCGGUCAGCACCUGGGCCGCGGUGGGGCCGCUACCGGUUUCACGCCAGAGUUUGUGGCGGCGCAGGCGUCCAACACAUCAGCGGGUGGCGGCGGCAGAGAUGUCGCAAGCGGGCUGACGACGCUUUCAUCCCCUGUCACGAUGACGGCGACCACGUCCCCAGCUUCCCCGCUUGUCUUUCGCGCGAUGCAGCCGGUGAUGCCAUCCCAUGACGACAGCCGACAGCAUGAGCAGCAGCCGCAGCCGCAGCCGUCAUCGUCGCCCUCUGUUUCUAUCGCCGUGCACCGUGGCGGCGACGACGCUGCGACGACGUCGCUCUUCGCCUCACAUGGGCCGGAGUGGGCGGUGGAGCACAAGCCGCUUUCGCAACUGCGCUCACGCGUCUUCAGCUUCUCCCCUGUCGGUGCGUCUGCUGCGGUGGCGGGCGCGACGUUGAACCGCAGGUCAUCGCCCUUCGCCGUACCACCGGCGGGAGGGGCUGGGGAGGGAGGUGGAAUGGCGUCCCCCUCGUCUGGGCCGGUGAGCUUUGGCCCGGUCCGGCCCACGCCUGCGCAGCAGCCCAUCUUCAGCUCGCCCGUCUCCCCCAUCUCCUCCGCGCCGGCGAUGCCCUCGACGGCCACGGCUACCACGUCGACGGCCAUGCCACUUUCCCCGCCACAGCUGCUGCCCCCUGCGCUCUCCGGCAUCGAAGAGCGUGUGUCACCGGCCUGGCAGACACCGAGCCAGCCCCCGCCGCGGUACCGCAACAACCCGUCCGGCGACCUCCGCGCCUUCCCGUUCGCGUCGUCGCCGUCGUCGUCGUCCCUCGCGCAGCAGGGUCUGCUACACACGCUCACGCCAUGCGAGACGACCGCAGCCACCACCACCACAUUCGACUUCAGCUUCCCCAACGUUCCCGCUAAAAGCAACAGCGGCGGCGGCUCUGGGAGUGUUGGUGAGGCAGAUGGGAGCCUCACGGCGAUGAAGGCGGCCGGUGUCAGCAGCACGGCGGCGUCCCCGACGGCGCCGCCGCCGGACGGCAACUUCGACGAGGUGCAGGACACGGGCGUGCUGCUGGUCGUUCCCGCCGGCGUGGCGGUGACCUCGCACAAGACCUUAGCCACCGACCGCUUCCGCUGGUCCACCAGCGCCCCACCAGACGCCGCGUUGGCGGUAGUGGAGCGACGCGCCGGGGGCCGCACCGCACGCACGAGCGAUCGCGACGACGGCGACGGACCACAGGUGUCGCACGAGUGUGGCGGCUCUCGUACAUCGACGGACGGGGCCUCGCCUUCGUCUUCCUUGGAAACGGUCGAGCGUGUCGUGACGUACUUCCCCGUGCACGCCGAUGUGAUGAAGAAGCAGGGCUUCUUCUUUGCGGCGCUGUUUGGUGACACCGGCAGCCCGUACGUGCGCAGCGCGCCGGACGAGUACGUGGAUCUUGCCGAUCUUCCACGGGUCACGACGGAGACGGUGGUGCUGCACCAAGACAGGGCAAUGGACACGGCGACCGGCGAGGAGCAGCUGCGUCCCCGAGACGCAGGCCAGCCGGAGUGGGAGCAUGCGAACACGGCAGAGCGCUGCUGGCGAGGACGGUGGCGACCGUGGAAGGUGGAGGCCGACGAAAGCGGGAGCACCUCCUCGACCACUCGCCAGGAUGCUGCGCCAGGUCUUCCCGGACACCUCGCGGAGACUCGCGCCGAUGCACGGCCCACAUGUGUGCCGGCCUUCUACCUUCACGGGCCCGGAUGCGAUGACGGUGCCUUUACCCACGAGCUGUGGCAACAACAAACGACCACAGACGGGGUGCAGGAGGAGUUGGAGGGGCCGCAGCUCACGGCUGCCGGUGUGGCGCAGCUCAUCCACUACUUCUACACCGGUGCGCUGCCCCUCUUCCACAACUACGAGGAUAUUAUGAGUGCCCGCUGCGGGGUGUUGGGCGCCGGCGCGAUGUCGAGCUUCGCCUGGCAGUUCGCGGAGGUGUUUUCGAUCGGCUCCUACACCAACCUCACCUUCCUCAUCCAGGCGAUGCUGAACGUGCUGUGGCGUCUCUUGGAGGUGUCGGGCGAUGUACUGCCGCUGUGGACGGCUGCCGUGGAGUGGCACCUGCCAGCCAUGCAGGUCCUCUGUGAGCAGUGGAUCCGCAAGCACCUGAACGUGUUCUUGCGAACCGACACACAUCGCGGACUCUGGCGGGGGCUGCCCAUGCGUUACGUCGAGCUGCUGGUGACCCUCCGCGUGAAGGCGCUAAGGGAGGCGAGGGAACUCGCGCUGAAGAAAGCAGCGGCGCAGCACGCACCGGUGGAAAAUGGUUCGCCCAACAACAGCGGCAACGAAAGUGUAGCUGUGGCUGUGGCAGUGGGUGCGGCAUCCACCGACGAACCACGCGGUGAGAGUGCUGCUGCUGCUGCUGCUGAGGUGUCAACGACAAGCGCGCGUGCGCCGUGGACGACCAUCAGGGCAACUCCUCUCUCCUACGGCUGGCCUGUCGCUCCGCAUCUGCUGCAGCCCACGUCCAUCACGAGUGGCGGCGACCCGCUACUACCACCAAGGUACGCCAUGAGCAACACCUCCUCGUCCCCAAACGCAGAAAAUGGAAGCACGGCGGCGAUGAGCGCCCUCCAGCCCGCUUCUCCUCCUCCCCCUCCGAUGCCGCAAAUCCGUUCCACGUCGUUUCCUGUCUCCCCGACCAGUCGCGCCUCCCUCAACUUCGAAGCGUCGCCGCUGAACUGGCCUGCGUUGGGGCGGCCACCCGAGGAGAGCUCGCUGCACAGCUGGUCCAUUGCUGCCCACUCGCACAACAACCGUCAUCUUUUCUCUAUCGCGGGCGACUCCAUCUCGAACGAGAUGGCCGACAUCGCGGUGCACCACGAUGACAACAGCGGUGACGGUGCGGAGGAGGCGGGGGAGGGCGACGCAGACGCGGGCGUGGGGCUGUCGGCAUUUAUUGACACUGCAGUCGACGCCGCAGCAGCAGUAGCCACAAGCGUUCGCCCGUCACAGACCACCACCACUUCCAACGCCACGUCGGCGGCGGCUGCCGCGGCUGCCCCGCCCUUCCUCUCCGCCUCACCCCUUGCUUCGCGCCCCGUGCCGCUCCCUUCGAUGCCGCUGACGCUGACGCCACCCUGGCAGACGAACUGGCACCGCGGCAGCAUCAGCAGCCCAGCCGGCUCACCUACGUCGGGGAACAACGCCACCACCUACACCGCGUCGGCGCAGCCGUUUCGGUCAGAGAGCGACCUUCCUACCCCGCAUGGCGCCACCGGCACCCCGUCGGCCACACCUAAUACGCUCUUCUCCACCCCGCUCACCUUUGCCGAGAUGGAUGCUGACAGCAGCCCCACCAGAACUGCCGAACACAGUUUCCCCGCCAUGCGGAUGUACUCGAUGGCCAGCAGAAUUUUUCCUCCUCGCAAUGACGAACCGGCGACGGCGUCUGAGGGACAGCAGCAGCAGCACCGACGGCAGCGGCAGCAGUCGCAAGGGGAGACGGCGGGGCCGGCGUCUGGCGCUUCGGCGAGCCGCAGCGGUCACCCGGCCAGCAGAGACAUCCCCAUCAGCGUCCCCUCGCCCACCUCUGCCAUGAUGCAUCGGAGCAGCUACGUGCCCCACUACGCCUCUCCGACCUCCCCCUCAAACCCGGUCUCCGCCGCCUCGUCCCCCAAUCUGCACAACAGCUUUGCGGCUGCUGCCGCGGCCUCUCGUGCUCGCCUCGAGGACGGUCGCGUCUCACCCGGCCCACACGCCCCCCCUCCUCUGAGCCACCCGCAGGGCACCGGUUUUCUGGCGAGCCUCAGCAGCACGCCGCGGCUGCGCUCCGCCCCGUCGCCGUCGCUGCCCAGCACAAGCUGGAUGGUGGUGCCCCCGACGCUGCAGCUGCUGGCGGAUGGUGCGUGGCGGAUUGGCUGCUACGGACGCCUGUACACGGUUGAACCCCGCGAGGCCCUGGAGGCGCGGCAGACGCUGUGGCUCGACGCCGAGCAGGAGCAGCACCGCGAAGAUCGCGUGGUGGAGGAGGUCGCGCUGUCCGAGGAGGAGCUGUUGGAGCGGCUGUGGACCUGGUGGACUGCCUACACGAAAGACGCGGGACACAACGGUCGCAGCGUGGAGGCGGUGGAGACGGCGGCGAUGGCGGCGAUGCUGCGCGAAGUCCGCCUCGAGGAAGUCGGAAAAGCAGCGGUUUUGUUGUCAUCGUCGCCUGCGUCAGCGUCGCGCAGCACCCUCCCGGCCGUGCUUGGGGAGGUGCGGCGCUUCCUCCGCGACAACCCCCCGCCGUCGCAGCGGCACGAAACGUCCACGUGA